AUGUUGAUAUUUUUGAUAAUCUUUGCCUCAUCAAUAAAACUUCAGAUGAUCGGCGAUUGGGCAGACUGUAGUCGAAAAGAUGAAAUUAGAAUGUUCUUGCGCGAAAUUGAUCAAGAGUUUUAUAAAAAUAUCGAACAAUCUUUGUUUAAUAAUCAUGAAAUAGAUGAAAAUCAACUAUUAGAUCAACUAAAACUCAAAAUGGAUCCAGAAUUUUAUAGUUUACUUUUAAUAAGUCUUAAAUUCAGACUUUUCCAACCAAAAACUUCCUUAAAAUAUCCAAAUAAUAAAAGAAAUCCGGUAUUAAAAGGUCUUCAGGUCCUAGAAAAGACUAAAAUUCCAAGUGAAAACACUCCUGGUCUCAAAUCAAAAAUAAUCAGUCAUAUAUUUUCCAAUAUUUCAGAUUCCACAAACAAAUACGAUUAUUUACUAGACAUACUACAAAAUUUCCCAAGUUACAGUCAGAAAAUCGCAAAUUCUUCAGUUAAUAAUUCUUUAUUAAAAGAAUUUCAAUCGAUAAAAAUGCCACGUCAUAAUGCAAUCCUCGAGAUUAACUCAAGGCAAGUCAAAACACAUAUUUAUGACUUUUUGUAUUCAUUAAUUGAAGAAUUUAAGUUUCAAAGAGUUAUUUCAAAGUUCAAUCUUACAAAAGAACAAAUAGAAAGAAUUCAUGAGGUGCAAAUAGGAAGUUCUAAGCCAAUUUACGUUGAAACGCCAAGUCUAUAUGCUGGAGCUGUUGUUAGAGACGUUUUUGCAAAUCAAAUCGCUGAAAAAUGGGAUCUUCAAGUUGAUUUAAAGAGACAAGGUGUAGAUAUAUUUUAUACAAAGAAAAAUUUAUUAACUGUUCAAUUAUUUAUUAAAUUAUUUGAUAAAUUAGCCAAAAAAAUUCUUCAAAAAGCCCUGGAUGAAUUACAGUUACCACAAAUGUUAACAAUAGUAACAUUUCCUAUAUUCAGGGCUUCAAAUUUAACUGAAAUUGAAGUUGCAUUUGCGUUUAAGACGAUUUUGAGGUAUUUCGGAGGUAGAACUGCCACUCAGUUUCUUCUUGAUGGUCUGGAAAUUGGAUAUAAAGAUGCUUAUGAGAAAAUUGGCUGCGAAAUUUCAUGGAAUUUACUUAAUUUUGUCAUGGAGCCGUCAACUAGUGAAUAUUCAUCAUUGAAUGAGAUAUUAUCGUUCAUAAAUAAGCAUAACAUCACAGAAAACAUGAUGUUUGUUAAUGGAAAUCCGAUAUUUACUGAUUCAAUAACAAAAACUAUUGAUAAAGUUCCAAUGAUGUAUGAAAAGAUGACAAGAAGCUUACAAAAGAAGGGGCUAUUGGAAAAUGUUACUAUUUUUAAUGAUCAAAUGAAAAAUGAAUCAAUAAUUCUUGAUAAAUUGAAUUUAACGGCCAUUAACUCUGAAAAAGUGUAUACUGAUAUAUCAAGGUUUAGUAUUGAUCAACAAUUGUUGAUUCUCAAAGAAUUAGAAGAAUCUGAAAUUAUUUAUAUGAAUCAGAAUGAAACUCAGAGAGUUCACGUGUUCCUGUUUGGAAACAUUAAUGAAUCUUACGUUAAAAGCAUUGAAUCUGCUUCUUUAUCAAUAAUUUUGCAUCAUAUUCAAAAUCCUUCAAAAGUUUUGAAGAAAUUUAUUAGAUCAAGAGAAUAUAAUACUUGCGUUCUGAUUGGUGCUCAGAUAUUUAACUAUUUCAUCGAUUAUAAUUUGAUUAAUUUUUAUAUCAACGAUUUGAAAUCAAAUUUGAUCAAUGAUGAUUAUGAAUCCAAUAUAUCGCUUUAUCUCACCAUGUGGAGACAAGUCCUUAUUUCCAGAUCGAUAAUUUCUGAAGUCGAAAUUCCAAAAAUACCAAAAAAUUUAAUCUUGACAAAAGGAAAUGGACCUUUCAAAAUAGAUCUGUACAUGAAUCCAUUUGAUGAAACAGCAUCACAAUGGCUCGAAUUGCUUAAAAUUCUUUCAAAUUAUAAUUUAACUUCUGUUAGAAUUGUAUUAACGCCAAGUUUGGUGAAUGAAAUUCCGGAGCAUAUGAAGUAUAGACAUCUUUUCGACUUCAACUCCGAUUGUAUCGAUGUUGACAACGAAAAUUUCAUUUUGAAGUAUCCGAAUAACUUUAUUGUGCAGAGAGAAUCGAAUAAAGUUGUUGUUAAAUCGAUUGGAUCCAUAUCAAAAUGCAAUAUUCGUCAAAAUUUUGUUGAAAUUAACAACAAAUUACUUCGAAUUUCGGAAGAAGGAUACUUUAUGACGAAUUUACGAGUAGGAGCAUAUAAUGUAAGAGGCUUAGAAGGCAAAUCCUUUAAAGUUGACUCAUUUUCUCAAUAUAAUUUUGAUUAUAUUCAUAAUGGCGAACAAUUUGAAGUUGAUCCAUCUGAUAACCAACUUUUGAACGUAUAUGUAUCAACAACGAACAAUUUUAACUCAAGUUCUCAGUUAAUGACAAUGAUUUACUCACUUGUGAAGAAUACACAACUGAAAACUAAGUUCUACAUCGUUGGAUCUAACAUACCAAUUAAAUCUAACAAGUUUGAUUUUGAAUUUGUUCCAAUUAUUUUCCCACCAACUUAUAUUGUCCCAGAAAACUAUGAUUUACAGCAGCAGAUAUUCAAAUUCUUAUUGUUGGAUAUUGUUUUGCCGCCAAACAUCGAAAAUAUUCUGAUUUUGAACCAAAAUUUGUUUUGGAAAGGAAAUGCAGGAAGAUUUCUUAAGCUUAACUUGAAGGACUCUGUCAUUGCUAUGCCAGAUAUCUCAAAUGAUACUAGUAAAGUCUCGAACAAAGUCUUCAUGAGUGAAGAGAUGAAAAAUGCCAGAAAAUUCAGGCCAUAUCAUAGUUCUGCACUUUCAUUUGUUAAUUUUGUUAAUUGGCAACAGAAAAAAUCCAGUUCAUUGCUUAGAAAAAUUUAUUUUGAAAUGAUGCACAAAUCUUCAUUCAUUGAAUACGAUGAUGAACUGAUUAACUUAGUCCAAGAUAAACUACAGUUCUUGACUCUUCCAAUUGAAACAUGUUUCUGUGACUUUUUCGGAGAUUUAAACGGGAAAAAGCCUUUGUGCAUCCAUUUGUGUAGUAAUAGCUCUUAUAACUACAUUGAUGAUGAUUACGAGAGAUAUGUCAAUGAAGCAAUAUCUUAUGAACUUUAA